GAGCGGCAGCGCCGGACCGCGGGGCGGCGCACUUCCGGCCGCGCGUCGCCGAUCCUGCAUCACUGGGCCUUCGAGCCGGCCUGCGCCUCCCUCGGCUCCGGCGAGCCACCGGGAGAGGGGUGGAAGAUGUCUAUGGAUGUGACCUUUCUUGGGACAGGAGCAGCAUACCCAUCCCCGACCCGGGGUGCCUCUGCUGUGGUUCUUCGGUGUGAAGGCGAGUGCUGGCUCUUUGACUGUGGGGAGGGAACACAGACGCAGCUUAUGAAAAGCCAACUUAAAGCAGGGAGAAUUACCAAGAUCUUCAUCACACAUCUUCAUGGAGACCACUUCUUUGGCCUUCCGGGCCUCCUCUGUACAAUCAGUCUACAGAGUGGCUCUGUGGUCACGAGGCAGCCUAUUGAAAUCUAUGGCCCGGUAGGACUUCGGGACUUUAUCUGGAGAACCAUGGAGCUCUCUCACACAGAGUUGGUUUUUCCUUACGUGGUUCAUGAGCUAGUACCUACAGCUGAUCAGUGUCCAGUGGAAGAACUAAAAGAGUGUCCACAUGUGGAGGAAGCAGACAGCCCUCCCAAAGGACAAGGACGAACUAUUUUGCUAGACACAGAAGAAAACUCCUACUCUCUGGUUGAUGAUGAGCAGUUUGUUGUAAAAGCAUUUCGCCUCUUCCAUAGAAUUCCAUCCUUUGGCUUUUCAGUCGUGGAAAAGAAACGCGCAGGUAAACUCAAUGCCCAGAAGCUGAAAGACCUUGGUGUGCCACCAGGUCCUGCCUAUGGGAAGCUGAAAAAUGGAAUUUCUGUUGUUUUGGAUAACGGAGUUACAAUUUCUCCCCAAGAUGUCUUAAAAAAGCCUAUGGUUGGAAGAAAAAUCUGCAUAUUGGGUGACUGCUGUGGGGUCGUGGGCGAUGGAGGGGUGAAGCUGUGCUUUGACGCAGACCUGCUGAUCCACGAGGCGACGCUGGACGAUUCCCAGAUGGACAAAGCGAGAGAGCAUGGCCACAGCACCCCACAGAUGGCGGCAACAUUUGCAAAGCUGUGCCGUGCAAAGAGGCUGGUUCUGACCCAUUUCAGCCAGAGAUACAAACCAACUGCCUUGGCUAGAGAAGGAGAGACAGAUGGCAUCACAGAACUGAAAAAGCAAGCUGAGUCAGUGUUAGAUCUCCAAGAAGUGACUCUAGCAGAAGAUUUUAUGGUGAUUGGCAUUCCAAUCAAGAAAUGAAACGAGUGCUCCUGGAUGCAUAAAUACGCACAUGGCUAUGGAUGUAUUACCAGACCUGCACUACAGAUUUUUUGUUGGUGGUUGUGAGUGAUUCUUUUUUCUUUUGGUUUUGUAUUUUUUCUUAAAAUUAUUUUAUUCCUAAUAAUCCCAAAGAUGGAGCUGGAUUGCUGAGCUGACUCAGUAGUGAGAGGGAACAAGAUUUUUAAUAAUAAAUUAUUUUUAAAUGAUGAAAAUACCCAUCAUCCUUCUUAAAAGUACAGAUGUGACAAAAUAAUAGAUUUUUCAGGGUACUUGUUUUGUGGCUAUUGCCACAAAUAGAAUCCAAUACUCCCUGCAGUGUUGGACUUAGCAUUGCCCAGUUUAACUGCCAUUAUUGGCAAAGUAUCUAGGACUGGGUCCUCUUGGCUAAAAAUGCUCUUUUGGCAGAUUUUGUAUAAAAUUUGUGUUCCUCACACCAAGAUAAAUGUAUGGGGACAGUACAUGCACAGUGUU